CUGUGUAAAGUUGAAGUCGUUUAUUUGUGAAUAGGCUACAGAACCCAUUGUCUUUUUCUUUUUUUUAGGCAACUGGAUAUUGGUCCAGACAGUUUAAUGUCAGACAAUACUGCUUCGCAAAUGUUUCACUCCUGUCCUGAUAGGCUAUCACCUCCCCCCUUUACCCCUCUUUUUUUGGUUCCACUGAAACAGGAAGUUUAACGGCUGCUGCUUACGAGUGUUCUCUUUAGAUACACACUCGCAGUCGCCUCACCAAGACACCCAGAGAUAGGGUUACAGUUAUAUCAGUGCAAUGGAGCUAUUCAAGGAGGCAGUGGAUUACCUUGAGACACAGCAUAUCCCAGUGGAGGCUGCUGGUGGUACAGGGCCUGAUCCAUUGGAGGAUGAUGUGUUCCAAGAGGAGGAUGUGUUCUCCCCCCUCCAGACAGACAGCAUGGACCUGCCCGACACCCCCGUCCUGCGUACUCGGGAAGAGAUGCUGGUUAGGAGGCUCAUGGUCCUGAGAACGGUCGUGGACAGUGAGAAGAUCUACCUCAAUGAGCUAGAGACACUGUUAAUGCCUAUGAAGGCCUUGAAGGCCACAGCAGGGACGUCUCAGCCAGUUCUAUCCAGCCAGCAGGUCCAAUCUGUGUUCUAUCAGGUGCCUGAGCUCAGAGACCUGCACAGAGACUUCUACACUUGCCUGAGGGACCGCCUGGGGCCGCUGGGGCCACAAAUACACCCAGAGACAGACCCGGGGCAGAGGCCGGGGAAAGAGCAGGGCCAAAUGGGCUUCCAACUAACUGUUGGAGACCUCUUCCUUAAGAUUGUGAGCCAGCUAGGUGUGUAUCGUGGUUUCAUAGAUAACUAUGAGAGUGCUGUGGAGAUCGUGAGGAGGUGUACUCAGACUGACCAGCGCUUCAGAAUACUGGCUGAGGUAAGAUUCAGAGUACUGUCCGGGGUAAGCUUCAGAAUUCUGGCCGGGGUAGUUUCAGAAUACUAG